CAUCUGCUGUAAUACUGAAAGACAGCGAGCUCCACCAAUCAAACACUGCCGUCUUUGAGCUUUGGACCAAUCACACGCAACUUCACCGGGAGUGGGCGGGAGCAGUGCAACGGACUGACUGUAGCCAUUGAUGCGCUUCUUUUCGAAGACAAACCGAUAAUAUUUUCCCAUUUGUGCGGCUUUUCCCGACUGCAGCCAUGGUUUAUCACUCUCUGGCCCUGCCGAUGAUCUGCUUCACCACGUUAUGGGCGCUGGUGGGGGUCGUGGCUCCAUUUUUAGUGCCGAAAGGACCCAACCGCGGUGUGAUCGUCACCAGUCUCAUCCUCACAGCCGUCUGCUGCUACUUGUUUUGGUUAAUAGCCAUUUUGGCCCAGACCAACCCACUGUUUGGUCCUCAGCUGAAGAAUGAAACUAUAUGGUAUCUGCAGUACUACUGGGAGUAAACAAGGUCUCAGUGACGUGACGCCUCCUGUAAUUCCCUCCUGCUGAUCUGCUGGACUUAAUUUCAUCAUCACGUCUGAUUCCCAACACACCCUCACAUUUUGGUCUGCAACAUUCUAAGAUUCAUACAAAUUUUGACUUUAAGCAUUUUGCAACUCAAAAGUUAACAUCAGCUUUCCCUAUAAACUUGGAGGAUAUGUAGAUCACACUGCAACCUCUGGGAUCUAAGAUGUGAAGAAUAUUAUAGGAUGUGUAUUCUAAAAAUCAAGCAGAGAUAAUGUGUUUUUCUUUUUUGUGCCGUGAUCAAACUAAAACAGAUUAGAAGUUGAUGUUAAUUUUACCUUUUGAAAAUGUGCAAUCUUUUAAUUUUGCAUUUGUUUACAUUUUGGAUUGUGUGUUGCUCUCUCGUCGGGCAAACCUGCAUUUCAGCGUGUAUUUAUUUCAGGGCAAGGACACUUAUGUGAGCUUGUAGUAAUCAACACAGAGUCCAUUGGGUCUUGUUAUAUAACUGGUAUUACCUGUGAUGUAACUGUUAGUGUGUGUGUGUGUGUGUGUGUGUGUGUGUGUGUGUUUGAGUCACUGUGAGCACGCAGCGUUUGUAACUGCUGACACAAGAGUCUCCCAAAAACUGCGAGCAGAGAGCGAUUCCCUCCAUUUUCAAAACGAAAACUUCCUCCCACAUUCUUUUCCAUGCUCCACACCAUGGAGGUCCACGUUGCCAUGGUGACCUCACCGCCCAAUCCAGCCCUUAUCCACUUGGAUUCUUUUGAUUAAGCGCUACCGUUAUUUCCUGCCUACGGAAAGACAAACGUCUGGUUCUACUGUAGAGACACGGUUGUGGAGAAAUUGCUGCUUGUUGGUCUUAGUAGUUUCUGUUAGUUUUAUCAUUUAAGUUAUGGUGGGUUAAUUGAUUGGUUUUGACAUUUCUUUUUUACCUUUUAGUAUCAGGUCACAUAACCUUUAUCUCUAGUGAUUUUAUCCUAAAUGUCACUAUAGGGGGGUUUUCACAGCUGAUAGUCGGGUUCACUCGGUUCAAUUCAGGACCGAAAUUUCAACGUUCGUUACUUUUUCAGCUGGUGUGGUUUGCUUUCACACUGCACUGUCUUUGAAAAACCUGUCCCCCCCCUCGCCUGUGGUGGCGUUGCCCUAAGAACUACUGAAGGAAACUACAUAAAAACUUGAUUACAACUUCCUUCUUUAUCCUUCUUUAUGAAAUGUAAACAGAAAUGAGAUUUUAAUUGUUGUAGAGUUCCUCUUUUGUUUUUGGUAAAAGACCAUGAGCCAUUUCUCCCGCUAGCAUUAGACUUUCUUGUUUGUUUUGGUUGUAUUUUCCCAGAAUUCCCUAUACUUUAGUCUGUUUCCCCCUUUUGGAGCAGUCUUUGGUCCACUUGGUGUUCACAUUCAAACCUCACCAUGAUUCACUUCAACCAAACCGAGACCUAAGUUUUUUGUUUUGGUCUGAAUCACAGUUUGCUUUUAUUUUUGUCCGUAUCAGAGUUUGAUUGCACAUUCACACCUUCCCAAACAAACUGGACUGUCCAGGCAAACAAACUAGAGUUCAGUUAAAGUGGAUUAAACAGGGCUGGUGUGAAUCCCAUUCCAGGUGUUGGUCCAGGAAGUAGGCAGUUCUGUGCAGAUAACAUGGCUGCUUAAAUCAACAAUAACAACACAAACAACAGCAGAGAACAUAAGUAAAAAUGCUACCAAGCUAAAUCUCUGCCAAUUAUUCCAUUACACACAUAAACUACUGUUAACACUGCAGCACAGCUAUUUUGUGCAGGAAGCUAGACAAGUCUGGAGUUUUAAAAUUGUCUUCUAAUCAGCCUUUUUUCAGAUCAUAGCGUUGUGCUCUUUCUCAGGCCUCACGGAGGUUUGCUGUGUCAUGGACCUUUAACUAAACCUUCAAUAUAUUUCCAAUAUUUGACUGGAAGUUGUGUAAAUUAUUUAUCUUUAGUUUGUGUUAAGUGGCACUGAGAUCCAGCUGUAACAGUAAUGAAGUGGAUUUUUCCACAUUUUUAAGGAAAAGUCGUGGCAGCCUGGCUUGUGUGGUGAUCAGACUGUUUUCUACACAGGAAUCCCAGAGUGUUUUCCUCCUGUGGUGUCAUGUCGUCCUGCACCAGUGAAAUAAAAUGCAGAUAUGUGUGUGACAGAGGUAUCGGUUCGGUUGCUGGUGUUGCUAAGGGUGAUGUUUAAUAUUGCAGAUGAACGGCACCAACAAUGAAAGUUUCUCCAGCAGUGAGUCAUAACCUGCCGGUCAAACAAUGCAGUGACGGGUAAAAUAAUAGCACUAAUUUAUUGGCACGCUCUUUAGGAGAAUCCAUCAUACAGCUGAAACUAUUUUUUAUUGAAAUAAACUAAUUUAGUAAUUGAUUAAUCAUCAAGCAUUGAGACUCAAAAAAGACCAUUUGCUGAAAGAGCAACAGUCAGAGCAGUUAGAAAACUGCACAAAAAUGUGUAUACAUUUUACAAAAAAAAUAUUUUCUUGAUGUUUUACCCAAAACUCCUCAAGUAGCAAAGUUCUGGCUUCACCCAGUUUGAAUUCUGUUCAAAAGGUGUUUAAUCUCCUAUUAAACACCUGUUGUUACCCAAAUUUUAAUCAAUUAUUUUAAAAAAAUCAAUAGAUCAGCUGUACACUGUAUUGAUAAGUCAGUUCAAUUCAAAUUCAAUCAAAAAUAAUACCCUAUUAAUCCCAAAGGGAAAUUAAAUGUUGUUGUAGCUCAUUAAUUCAGAUUCUUCAAGGAGUUAUUGUAGCUAAUGAUGGCUGUGGGCAGGAAAUCUCUCUUGUAGCAGUCUGUAGUACAGCGAAUCUGAAGAAACCUCUGACUGAAGAUGCUCUGUUUUCUGAAGACUCAAGAAGAGGAAAAGGCAGAGAUGUUAGAAGUAUUUUUUAGCUCCAGAUGCAUCUUUUGGUACAAAUAAGCGAGCAUGCACUAAAGCAGGGGUGUCAAACUCCAGUCCUGGAGGGCCUCUGUCCUGUAACUUUUAGAUGUGCCUCUGCUGCACCACAGCUGAGUAGAAUAAUUAGGUCAUUAAGGCUCUGGAGAACUGAUCUACACAAGGAGGAGGUGAUUAAGCCAUUUCAUUCCAGUGUUUUGUUGCUGUGGCUCAUCUAAAAACUGCAGGACACCAACCCUCGAGGACUGGAGUUUGAGACCUCUGCACUACAGGAAUGCUUUUGUUGCAUUUUAGACAUUAACAUGUUUAUUAUCUUAAUUAAAAAUAAUAAAUUCCUUAUUUGCAUCUUUUAAUGUAUUUCUACUUUAAAAUAUUUCUGAUAUUAGAAAAGGAUUCAAUGAAAAAUCUACAGAAAGUGGUAAUUUCUUAAUUUGAUUAAUUGUUAGAACAAUCUAUGGAUUAAAUGAAAACUAAAAUAAUCAUUAGCGGUUGACCUAAAUUUAUCUUAUUGAAUGCAUAUUAAUGCCACGGCGCCCCCUGGAGGGGGCAUUAUGCCUGAUCUGUCCACAUUCUUCCCUUUCUCUUCAUUUUUCUCUCCGUUCCUCUGACAUGUUGAACAUUUUUUGGAUUCACCUGCCUCCUGCUGAAGCUUUAAGCGUGUCAUCUGCCAACCACGACCACAGCUACGCUUCCCGCCUCCACUCCCCAUGUCCUGGUCUCAAACACCCCUUCCUCCCUCCCUCGCUGCCACGUUCCUCCCCGUCCGCCUCUCCAAAACCACUUUGCUUCAGCCAAAAAGAAACCAAAUCAAAAUACAGCUACUUUUUAGAAAGACCAAAUUGCGUUGUAUCUUUGCCCCAGCCCUUUGCUGUAGCUGUGGUGGUGGUUGCACACGUACAACGAGUUAAUAGGUGACUAUAAUGUGGCAUGCAUGAAGAAAGGACAUAAGGGAAGCUGCCCUUUUACUCCUGUAAAGAUGCAUUUGUUAGGUUUUAGUUUCGCUCCAGCAGAUCUCAUAAAGCGGCUUCUCAUUUGCUCGAAGGACAUCGUUUUGUUGGAAGUGACAAAGUGGCUCUGACUUGAUUUUUUUAUUUUUAUUUUUUUUUGUCUCUUUUCUCGUUGGGAUUACGUUCCCAACCCCACUCGUCACCCAACAGUUUGCAUACAGACGGACAGAGUCACAUUUUCAUUGUCGGUGAAUCACAGGAGACCAAAUGGCAUCGUUCUCACCCAGCCAAACUCGCUGAACUGACAGAGGGAACAGCCAAGACUUCAGCGAAAUCCCUCCAAGCGCUCCGACAGUGAGUGGACCCUAACCAUUUCUUCCUUUUCCGAUGCUUCUCUCCAGCUUUGGUGAUGACUGCCCACUACUCAGCUGUUAGAUGCUCCUGGCAGUAUCAAAACGAGAUAGAUUUUAUCAUGUGUUAAGAGUCUCCACGGUAACUAAAAUCCAGCAAAUUGCAAAUCUAAGUGUUGAUGGAAAUGGGAUAUGUACGAUAUGUGUGUAGCCUUGUGUUAUUGUGAAGUUAAUUGGUGGCAUUGUUGGUGAAAUACCCCAUUAAAAAAUUUUAUCUC